AUGGCCCGAAUAGCGUACAAAACUUGCAUGAACAAAACACAACUGGAGGAGUUGAAAACGAGCUUACUUUUCGAAACGCUGGCAGAGCUUGGUUAUUGGCCAUUACUGCAACCGAGUUGGAAGCGGGAAAACUUUGAUAUAACAGACUUGUUGGGAAAUGCGAGGCGGGACUACGGAGCCGAAUCCUUCUUCCAGAUCUAUAUCUAUGCAGAUGCAAAGAACACUUCACGGAAUACUCUGUUUGUCGACCAAGCUUCCUUAUCACUGGGCAGAGGAGCGAGAGACUACUAUCUCAACACUACCAUGUUUGCAAACCAUAUGAUAGCAUACAAAAAGUAUUUCUUCGAGAUCGUGAAAAUACUCCAAGAGGAUGCCAACGAAAGUCGAGACAAGUCAUCUGCUGAAGCUAGCAUCGAUGCAGUGAUCGCCUUCGAGAAGAAACUGGCUGAAAUUGUUGUUCCUGAGGAUGAGCGAAGAAAUAGCACACGGUUAUACAACAAAAGAGUUAUAGCUGAUUUGUACGACUACAUGAAUGAUGUGGGUUUUUGCGCAGCAUUGAUCAAUUUCAAGAGUUAG